GUUUCUGUGAGAAAAAAAGCUUUUCUAUUGUCUGAUCAGAUUCUUUUGCAUCCCAUUCUUUCGUUCCACACACACAAAUACGCACGUCAUGGCUUCCACCCUUCUGUCUACCGCCUUCAGGGCUGGCCGUCUCAACUUGGCUCGCCAGGCUAUUCGUCCUCUUGCCACUGCUGCUGCCACACAAUUUCCUGGGGCUCGCAUCACCAAUCUGAAGAAUGGCUUGACUAUCGCCACUGAGUCUAAUCCCUCAGCUCAAACUGCCACCGUCGGCGUAUUCAUUGAUGCCGGUAGCCGUGCUGAGAACGCCAAGAAUAACGGCGCUGCCCAUUUCUUGGAGCAUAUGGCUUUCAAGGGCACCAAUACCCGUAGCCAACACGACAUCGAGUUGCAGAUUGAGAACAUGGGCGCUCAUUUGAACGCCUACACUUCUCGCGAGCAGACCGUCUACUACGCAAAGUCAUUCAAGGCUGAUAUCCCCAAGUCUGUCGAGAUUCUCUCUGAUAUUCUUCAGAACUCAACCUUGAACAACGAUGCCAUCGAACGCGAGCGCGAUGUCAUUCUCCGUGAGCAGCAGGAGGUUGAGAAGCAAAUGGAGGAGGUCGUCUUUGACCACUUGCAUGCCACUGCUUUCCAGGGCGAAGCUCUUGGACGUACUAUUCUGGGACCCAAGGAGAACAUCAAGUCCUUAACCCGCGAUGAUCUUGUUAACUAUAUCAAGACUAACUACACUGCCGAUCGUAUGGUCCUCGUCGGUGCCGGUGGUGUUGACCACGAUGCUCUUGUUCAGUUGGCCGAGCAGCACUUCAGCAAGCUUCCUGUCUCGGCCAAUCCUACCGGCCUUGGCAAGACCUAUGCCUUUGCUCCCAAUUUUACUGGCUCCGAGAUCCGCCUCCAGGAUGAUACCAUGAACCUGGCUCACAUUGCCAUCGCUGUCGAGGGCUGCGGCUGGACCUCACCUGAUUACUAUACCAUGCUCGUAAUGCAGUCCAUCAUCGGCACCUGGGAUCGCUCUCUCGGUGCCUCUGCCCACACCUCGUCCCGCCUGUCGAGCAUUGUUCAUGAGAACAAAUUGGCCAACUCUUUCAUGUCCUUCAACACUUCUUACACUGAUACUGGUCUCUUUGGCAUCUACUUCAUUACUGAAAACAAGGACUCUCAAGACGAUUUGGUCCACUUUGCUCAGAAGGAGUGGGCUCGCUUGACUACCUCAGUCACCGCUGCUGAAGUCGAGCGUGCUAAGCAGCAACUCAGAUCAUCUCUUCUUUUGGGAUUGGAUGGCACAACUGCUAUUGCCGAGGAUAUUGGACGUCAGUUGGUUACAACUGGCAAGCGCAUCUCACCUCAGGAGGUUGAGAAACUGAUCAAUAAGAUCACCGUUGGCGAUGUCCAUCGCGUUGCAUCUCAGUACCUUUGGGACCGUGAGAUCGCCAUGGUCGGUGUUGGACCAAUUGAGUGCUUGCCUGACUAUGUCCGUGUUCGCAACAAUAUGUCUUGGAACCGUUACUAGAGCCCUUGAUUCCCUCAUUCCUUUGUUCCUCCCACUUUUCAUGUCAUCUUUCGCUCACUCACCAUCCUUAAAAUCUCGAAUAUAAAUACACUCUUUAUCUUACUAUGCAAGCAUAACGAUUAUUAUUAUUAUUAGU